GCGACUAUUGAUAGCUGCAUUGUGCUCUUGAUAUUGCACUGCUGUGGACAGCUGGAGAUUUUGUGUGAGAAGAUUAAAAAAUUCCACGGACUCAUUCGACAUAAUUUGAUCAACAGGAACAAGGAUUGCAGUAAUACUGUCAGGAUUAUCAACAAUUGCUCGUGCUUGCAGUGCAUUGUUGAGAAACACAAUUAUUUAAUUCAUUUUGUAAAAGUACUGGAUGAAAGUAUUCAUGGAUUGAUGCUUCUUCAAUUGAUACCAGGAACAAUAUCCUUUUGUACAAAUGGCUACGGACUUAUAAAAAGCUAUACUAAUGGCGAUAUUUCGUCAAUGAUUUAUCACAUCAUUUACAUAUUCGCAAUAAUGCCUAUUUUUUUGACUCUGUGCUCGGUGUCCGAUGAUUUAUUACAAAAGGUAAUGUUAUAA